GAAGAGGAGUCUUCCACAGACAGUCUCGACGACUACAACAGGCUCGCAAGAUCUAUUGAGCGUAUCGAUAUACCAUUUAAGAUCCAAGCGCACGUCGCAUGGCUUCUCUAGAACCGACAGUCCCUCUACAAAGACACUACAACUCGCAAUGGAACUCUGGCCACGAACGCCAUUACGCGAUGCCACAUGGAACAAUAUCACUGCACAUGCACGGACGACGGUCAUUCACAAGUUGGAAACGGCUGUCCCUGUGCUGGGACGAGCUCAUGGACAUUGUAUUGCCUUGACUAUCUGCCAGCACCACACGGAGGUGAUGAAUGAAGCGAGAGACUGCUACUGCUGCUCUUCCCAAGACGAUGAUAUCAGCCACGAGCAGGACGUUGCCCAUGGAGUGUCAUCUGCUCGCGUCGAUAACGAGAAUACCCGCUGCGAGACACCCGCUUCCAUCUUCUCUGAAGACAAUGGUAUUGACUAGGCUGCAUCGAGAGUUUUGCAGCCAACGUCGUCUCAGCACAAUCGUCAAGCAAACAAGAAUUCUCAUGUUUCCAGAAGUCAAGCGAAGAUCGAUCUACCUCCUCGUCUCGCAAAUCUGGAAGAACAUCAAAGCUAUCACACAGAGCACAGGACGCUGAGCAACUCAGCGCUACCAUGACCAAGGCCAAGACUGCAGCAUCACAAGCGAAAAAGGCGCGCAAGUCUGCCAAGAAGGCCAAAAAAGCGGCAGCACGUCUGUAGUGUGUCGUAGAUGGUCUAGUUGCUACAC